GAAAUAAGCGGAAAUAGGAAACGAGACAGAAACAAAAUUGGGCACUCUCCCUCUCUCGUCGGACAGUCGCCGCCGAUCAAUUCCAGCACGCAUUCGUGGUAUGAGAUUCCUAAACAAAAUCACUGCCACAUCGCGCUCUUUAUUCCCCGGUGGACCGUUUACUGCCUCGAUACAAAUCCGUUUCAAGAAGCCCGCCAACACAGCUCAGACUCGUCUUGAGACCCGAACCCUUGACGCAAAGCUCGACCGCCUCGCCUCCCACCACCGCCGCCUCGUCCUCAUCCUCGGUCUCUACGACGUAGUCUCCGCCAAGAAACGCGGCCCCUACGUCUCUGUCAAUCUCCUCUCCCGCUGGGCUUUGCACGCUGGCGUCGACACCCUCACCGCUGGCGAGAUCCUCCGCAAAUACCCUCACGUUUUCAAGGUGUUCACGCACCCGGUGAGGAGGAACGCGUGCUGCACAUUCACUUCGAAAUUCGUCGAAUUGUUGAAGCUGGAAGAUGAGAUCUUGAUCAACAUGGAGGAUGCCAAUGUGAUUAAGAUCAGAAAGAUCUUAGCCAUGUCCGAAAAUGGGAGAGUUCACAUACAUGCGAUCAGAUUGAUGAGAUGGGAACUGGGGUUACCCGAAAAUUUCAGGGAUUCGAUAAUCAGAAAGCGUAGCGAGGUAUUCAGAAUGGUAGAUUUAGAGGUCGUAGAGUUAAUCGAAGGGGCGGUAAGCUUCACAGCAGAGGUGGAGAAAUGGAGGGAGAGAGAAUACAGAGAGAAAUGGCUGAGUGAAUUCGAGACGAAAUACACAUUCCCCAUUAGUUUCCCAACAGGGUUUAAGAUCGUUGCGGGGUUUAAGGAGAAGCUGAAGAACUGGCAGCGCCUUUCCUACCUGAAGCCUUACGAAAGGACGGAUAGCAUCCGCGUUCGUGUUCGCACGUGCGGAGGAGUCGAGAGGUACGAGAAGCGCGCGGUCGGAAUCAUCCACGAGCUCCUGACCUUGACCGAGGAGAAGAUGAUGGACGUGGAGAGAUUGGCGCAUUUUAGAAAGGAUCUCGGGAUUAUGGUUAACGUGCGCGAGCUCCUUUUGAAGCAUCCCGGGAUUUUUUACGUGGCUACUAAAGGCAAGAGUCAAAUUGUGUUUCUUAGAGAAGCUUACAAGGGAGAUUGUUUGGUUGAGGCAAAUGCAGUUUAUGAUGUUCGAAGACGGAUGUUGGAGCUCAUGUUGUUGGGUUGUCGUAAUGCGACGAAAUUGAAAGAAGAAGACGAAGACAGAGAAGCCGGAGGGCGUGGAGAUGAUGAAGUUUUCAAUCAAAAUCAGAAUGGAAGAACACCUGUGAAAGAUGGUGAUUUUGUCAUUCCAAUCUUGCAGAAUUACUUCAAAUGAUGAUGUGAUUCCUCCUUACACAGGAAAGGAAACCUAGCUACACAGAAACUAGCAUAAUGAAACCCAAACAUGAAAUCAAAUGAAUAUGGUUUCAACGACAGGAAAAAUAAAAAUAUAAAAAUAGAAGGAAGCAUGUGACAUGGUGAUCAUGAUCUCUCUCUCUCACUUGUUUGAGUUAACAGCAUCCUUGACAGCAUCAACAGCACCUUGUGCCUUCGCCUGCGCCUGCUGUCCCGCCUAUAUCAAUGGGAAAAACAACACAUGAUCAUGAUUUAUCGGAUUGUGCAGCAUUGCCAGCUUUGUCCAGCAGCUGGUUGCCCUUUUCCUGCCACACCAAAUAAUUCAGUUAUAAAAUCUCAAAUAGGACUUCGUCCUUCCGUGAAUUUGACUCCGUUCGGAUUUAAGAAAAGUGGAAUCGCAUGGAAUAUGUAUCUUUUGUUGAUCAAGGUUGUACCAGAGCCUGGCCCUUGGUCUGUCCGGCGUGAUAGCUUGCAUUCUCCAUUUUGAUAUAGAAAUUUGUGUGUUGGUUGAUUUGAUAGAGAGACCUGUUUAGCAUUGCAAUUUAUAGAAUUUUGAGGGUUGUUCCAUGUGGCAUCAAUGCCAUAAUUAUCUCUUCUUCUUGAUUCACAAACACUUAGAUCCUCUAUUUUCUCAUGUCAUUUUUUCAUACAUUA